CCUCAGCUCACUUUCAUUCGCGAUUUCCCAAAGCGGCAGACUUGAGAUCAGCACUGAGAGGAGCACAUAUCGCAUCAAAGGAUCAAACAGUUUAUAAAUCUAUCAAAAGAUGCGUUUGUCCGAGACGACACACAUCAUCAGAGGAUAGCGAUGGAGGACGGGCUGGUGUCUGAAGACGAUAUAUUUUUGGUUUCCUAAAGACGAUUGGAGACGACGAUCAUGGAUCCCCGCUAUAAGAAGGGAGUGCUGAAAUCAGAGAAGGAGUUUCAUGAUGCUGCAAAGAGAAACGAUACAGAUAAAAUGCAGGAGCUGGUCAAUGGAGGGGUGGACGUCAAAGUCAAAAACAAGAUGGAUCGUAAGGCCAUGCACUGGGCAGCCGGAGCGGGCAGUGAGCAGGCACUACGUCUACUUCUGGACCACGACACGGACUUGGAUGAUAUGGACAGCUUUGGUAUGAAUGCUUUGCUCUUGGCCGCAUGGUUUGGUCACCUGUCAAUCCUGAAGAUCCUCGUUUCAACUGGGGCGAAGCUCACAUGUGAAAACCAAAAUGGCUUAAAUCUCCUCCACUGUGCAGCCCAGAGGGGUCACAUCAAUGUUUUGGAGUACAUCAUGGAAGAUCUAGAAGAUGUGCAGCUUAAUAAAGUGGACAAGUCAGGCAAGACGGCGUUUCAUUUGGCCGCAGAGCAUGGACACUUGGAGGUGGUGGAGUUUCUCAUUGGUAUGGGCUGUGCACAUGAUCUGAAGGACAAGGAGGAGAACACAGCUUUGCACUUGGCCGCUAAGCAUGGCCACAGCGAAGUCCUCCAGAAGAUUGUGGAAACGGGGGAGAACAUUGAUGAAAAAAACAUUGAUGGCAUGACAGCUUUACAUUUGGCAGCUGAAGAGGGACAUUAUGGGUGUAUUAGAUUACUGCUGGAGUCUGGCUGCAAUGUCAAUGAACUUACCAAUAGAAAGAGGACAGCCCUUCAUCUGGUGUCACAGCACAGCUCAGACAGAGAGGUCAGACUGUUGGUUCAGGCUGGAAUCAACCUAGAUUCAGUUGACACCCAACACACCUCAGCUUUGCACCUGGCCGUACUCAACAACUCCACUGAAAUAGUCAAGUUUCUCAUCGAGGCCGGAUGCGACCUGGACAUCUGCGACAACCGCCAUCAAACAGCUCUGCACAUAGCAGCAGAACACGGACGCCACAACAUCGCCGAGAUGAUCCUCAUUUCCGGAGUCAACCUUAAUUUGACUGACAAGCAAGGAAAGACAUCACUAGACGUUGCAUCCAGGGGAAACCACGUGAAUGUCGUUGACAUGAUUAUCAAAGCCGAUCGAUUUUACAAAUGGGAAAAGGAGAAUGUACAGAGUGAUUCUGAGUGUCAGAUGGGAAUGAGUGUCAGCUUUAAACCGGACCAUCAGCAGGAGACACAACACAUUCGCUCUGUCUUGUGGAAACUGGCCACUAAAUAUCUCAAACCCGGCGAAUGGAAAACCCUGGCCAAGCACUGGAACUUCUCAGAAGCACACAUUCGAGCUAUUGAACACCAGUGGACAGGUACAAAGAGCUACAAGGAGCACGGACACAGAAUGCUGCUGAUCUGGCUGCACGGUGUGAUCAUCGCUGGUGGAAACCCAAUUAAAGGCUUAUACGAAAGUCUGAUAGGAAUCGCAAGGACAGAUCUGGCAGAAAGUGUGCGACAGCAGGCUAAUGCAGACCCAUCUUCUACCAAAAAAUGUUGUAUAACGUGAAGUAAACAACUGAAACAAGGACCACUGAAUGAAAGCAUCCAGGAUGCAGCCACAGUGGUAAAAAGGGACUUUCCUGAUAAAAAAGCUUUAUGUAUCACUACAGCAUCACAGGUGUAUUUACUCAAAUAUCUAGGAUUCCAGACGACCUACACUGAAUACAAUUCAAAUACAGAUUUGUAUAUUUUAUUAGAAAGUUUUUUGAAAAUUCGCCAACCAGAAAAAGAAACUUUUUUUGAUCAUGUUGAAUCGUCUGAUUAAGACUUUCAGCCAUAAUAAACUGUUAGAUUUGUUUCUGAAUAUUGGUAAAUCGUAAAAUGUAUGAACUUUGGUAUAUUGUUUUUAUAUUGUGCACGCUUUUUAUAACUGUAUGUGGUGCUACAACAUUAGAAGAAGAAUAAACACAACGAUAUUUCUGAGCCGAUGUGUUUAAAUAUGCUGAAAACCUUUGGCCUGCAGAAACAAGAACAACAAGAUAUUGUCUCAUUUUUAAAGGGCACAUAUUAUGCCAAUUUUUACAAGUUUAAUAUAAGUCUCAGGUGUGCCUAGAUUUUAUCUGUGAAGUUUCAGCUCAAAAUACCCUACAGAUCAUUUAAUAUAGCAUGUUCGAAAUGCCCCUUUUUCGGUGUACUUUUAAAUGCAAAUGAGCUACAGCUCCUCACUCCCUUACCAACAGACAGUAAGCGUUUUUUUUUAUUUUUAUUAAAACCAUUUCUGAUUCCUGUGAAUACAGUUGGAGACAAUAGCAUAUUUAGCUGCAUUAGCGCUACAACAUGCUAACAAACACAUUUAGAGGCUGUUUACACUUGGCAUUAACAUGCGUUUUCGUCGAUCGGAUCACAAGUGGACGACGUUAAUGCCAGGUGUAAACGGUGUUCAAAACGUUUUGAACGCGUCCACUUUCGACCACUUUCAACUACAUUCAGAGGUAGUCGAAACCACUUUCGAUCGGAUCGCUUUGGAGUUGCGGAACGCAAAUGUGGUUGAAUGUGUUCGAACAGCCACACGCGACCGCCUUCUCUCCGCCCAUUUAUCUAAUCUGAGGUAUUAAACACAAAUUUUACGUCUUUUUUUACUUCUGCCGUGAACAUACGGUGAACAGCGCUAUUUUUAGCCUUUCAUUGAUAAAACUACUGCGGGUGUUCUCCGUAGUUUCGUUUUGAAAGCGUGAAAGUUGCGCGAUCCUAUUUCAUCAAUUGCGCUGAAAAUUCUGAGAAAGCUCUAACAUACACACGUACAAAACACUGUGCAGCACGUUUACUUGCUAAACAAGCAGCGGGCUCCGACAUAAUAUAAGUUUGCGUCCAUAUAAACUCAUAAUUACUCCCGCUCGCGUUUGAAUGACAGCAGAGAGACUCGCCCACCGUCUCACAGACCACCCCCUCACAGUAUUCAGGACAGAUGCAGUCGAAAGUGGACAAAAGAGACGGAUUUAAAUACCAGGUGUAAACGUAAUGUGUCUCUCUCGUCCACUUGUGAUCCGAUCGAUGAAAACACAUCUUAAAACCAAGUGUAAACAGCCCCUUAGAAAAGCUUUUGGGUAAAAUUAACAAGUGAGUUUGUUGCAGUGGGCCCUGGGUGGGGCUUUAUCAGUGUGACAUCACAUUAACAAGAGAAUUAAAACAGCAUGUCUUUAUGAGGAUUAAAAGAGAAGGAGUGGGUGAAUUUUCGUUAUUGUAGGGUGGUUGGGUUCACACACUGCUGACACACAUUUAUGACCAAACACCUUGUAAAAGUGGAUUUCACAUAAUAUGUUCCCUUUAAGUUAACUUUAAGUUCCUCUAUUUCUGUUUCUAGCACAUUUGCUCCGAGUCUCAUUUUGUGCUGAUAAGAAGUCACCAUUUGAAGAAACACAUUUUGAUCCUUUGCGUAGGAUCAUGGUAUUUUUUUGGUAUGUAGUAACAAAACUGAUAGUACAUUAUAACAAUGAUACUAUAUUUACUGUAGUAUAGUACCUUGGAGGACCAUGUAAACACUACAGUACAAAAAUAGAAAUCAGUCCUGCGGUAAAACCAUGUGUGUAUGUUAUUUGCAUGGCACAGUCCAAAUAUACAGUAUGGUAUUGUACACGGUAAUUACAUGCAUAAAGUGCACUACAUCAAUUCAUUACAUUGUUUAUUUAUCCCCCAAACUCUUUAGACAUUUUUUUUUUGAAUGAUUAAGGAUUUAUUUGAGUUAAAACAAAAAACGCAGGGUAUUUGUCUUAACAUCAUUAAUGUGAUUGGAUGAAAACUUCCCGCAUCAAAUGCGACAAUAAGUUAUUUCUAAUGUGCAAUGCAAUGGUUGUGCAAUUACAGUUUAUUUAUCAUUUUAUGGUCUGGAUUAUUUUAAAUCUUUUACAUGAAUUUGAGGAUUGCUGGUCUUAAUUCGGUCUCGUCGUGCUUUGGUCUUGGCUUAUGUGGUCUUAAAGGGCCAGUUCACCCAAAAAUGAUUAAUCCUGUCAUGAUUUACUAGAUAAGUUAUAAGUUGUUACAAAUUUCUUUGUUCUGCAAAGGAAGAAAGCAGAAAUCAGAAGCACCAUUGACUUCCAUAGUAGGAAAGAAAAAUACUAUGGAACACAAUGGUGCUCAAAAACAGUUUGGUUACAAACAUUGCUCAAAAUAUCAAAGACAUUUAAUACAGGUUCGUAACAACUUAAAGGUGAGUAAAUGAUAACAGAAUUAUCAUUUUUGGGUAAAGAAUAUCUUUAACGACAACACUAACUUGCUAGUAUUUGGCUUAUGUUGUAGGAUUCCUGUUGGAUUAAAUGUCUUUAAACUUUAAAAAAAAAAA